AUAGUUUACAGUGCGCGAACAUCCCAAACAAUAAAUUCUUAACCCUACAUUUGCCUAUAUUAUUGAUGUAUAAAGCGUCUUUAUCCAAGUACGUAUCUAUUCAUUACACUGUGCUGUGCAGUAGUCUAUUUCAAUUCAUUCGAUAUAAGUGUUUAUAAUGAUGGAAGAGUGGCAAAUUAAGAUAGCAACAGGAAUGUGCAAUGUUUUCGAUACGACGGGAAAGUACCAAAUGUUACAAGAAGUGGGCCAUGGAUCUUUCGGACGAGUAUACAAAGCGGUUACUCGAUCAGGUUGUAAAACAGUAGCUUACAAAGUAAUCGAAAAGCGUGGCAGAUCAUCAAAGGAAUUGAAAAGCUUACGCCAAGAGCAUGAAAUUCAAAGUCAACUUUUUCAUCCAAACAUACUACAAAUGCUCGAUUCCUUUGAAACCAAAAAUAAGAUAGUAGUCGUGACUCAAUAUGUCAGUCAGAGUUUAUGCCGUCUGUUAGAUGAAACAGGUGGUUACCUGCCCGAAAACACUGUGCAAAAAUUAACUUGCAAUCUCGUUUCUGGUCUCCACUACUUGCACUCCAAAAGAAUAUUACACAGGGAUCUUAAACCACAAAAUGUACUCAUUAAACAUAAUGGAGAGGCAGUCUUAUGUGACUUUGGAUUCGCUCGUAGUAUGAGUACAAAGACACAAGUGUUAACUUCUAUAAAAGGAACACCGUUAUACAUGGCUCCAGAGCUUAUAGAAGAACAUCCUUAUGAUCAUAAUGCAGAUCUAUGGUCGCUUGGUUGCAUAGUUUAUCAAAUGAUUCAAGGUCAUCCACCUUUUCGAACAGAUUCUAUUUUACAUUUAAUCGAAUUGAUAAGAUUUGAAUCAAUAAGUUGGCCAGAUUCUUAUAUCAUGUCUCAGAACUGCAAAAGCUUCCUACAGGGAUUGCUACAGAAAAAUCCUUCACAAAGGUUAACAUGGCCUGCUCUUAUAGAGCAUCCUUUCCUCGAAAAAUCUCUUUUAAAUAUCAACAGAGCUAUGCCUACACCAUUUGCUACACCUGUGUUGACAAGUCAAGCUAAACAAAAGCAUACGCAAUUGCACGAUAUCGAUACGAAUCUUACCGAUUCGCAGGCUAAAUUUUUACGGGACACUGUCCCAAUGGUGUAUGGAAGAGCUCUGGAUACAAUGGUAGAUCGUAAACGCGUGCCACCGCUUACGUCAAUUCCGGAAAGCAAAAGUCUGUCCUGCAAACACGACGGACCGUUCAAAGCAUCAUUAGCGCAUAACGUGUUCGCAGACUGUACCAAGUUGUGUCAUUGCGUUGAACAAAGACAAAUGCAGAACCGAGAAACUGAAGAAGCAAUAAACAACAACGGGUUCGUUGAUCCCGAAGACGAUACGUCGAGUCUCGAGGAAUUAGGUGUUUCACCAGAGACUGAAGCAUUCUAUUGUCACAGACACGAAUCUUAUCCAGGGAAAGAUAAUUCAGCGGUUGACGAUGAUUUGCAUAAUAACAGAUUACCCGAUUGGAACCCGAAAGCUGAUGAAAGUCCAAUCGAAACCGAAGAAUGGGUCGUAUUUUUGCAAAAAUCAAUGGAGGAAAUAAUGAACGGCGAACUAGACUCGUUACUACAAGAAAACUGCACUUCGGUAUUGAUAUCUCCAUUGAAAAACUUGACGGUUAAUUGUCGAGUUGUCAAAUACAUUGCUUGUCUUUUGUCCCUGCCAUUUGCUCUUGGACUACAGCGACCCAUUCUCUUCAAGAUACAACGAGUAUAUUUGGACGUAAAGGUUGUACCGAAUCUAGUCUACGCUUUAAAAGUUUUAAUGUCCGAGCGACCGGAGUCACACGAAAAAUUUGAUCCGUCAAACGCAAAAACCAGAUUGGCGUCUAAAUUGACCUCGGACGAACUACAGACCUUGGAAUAUUCGGUGCUACUACUUUGUAAUCUGAUUCAUGCUCGGCACAAAUUUAUCACUCAAUUUUGUACAGCUAUUUCUACCGUGAAUGGAUUCGCAUUUCUACAGCAAUUGUUGCUUUUGAAGAAAAAGAAGCCACGUUUAGUUGCGGAUCUCAUUGCGAUCUUCAACCAUGUAUUGCGAUGCAACCCGAAAAAAGAUCCUCUAGUCAGACAAGUCAUGUCAUUUCCGUCGAUGUCGUGGCAUGCGCAUAAACAGUUCAUUCAAUUGGUUACGCACUCCGAGGAAGUAAUUAGAAAGAGAACCUGUGACCUGAUAAAACUAUUGGGCUGCCGUUGGCACAGGCAUAUGGUAAAUAUUUGGACUUACGCUUUGAGAAACGCAUUAGAGAAGUUAAUGGUAUCCGAUCCCGACCAAACCGUAAGACUUGCCGCAAAACAUGCAGUCAUCGAAAUAAAGAAACUGAGUGACGAAAAAUGAGGAGCAACGUAUCCAUUGACACUUUCGUGUCUGACGAUGCGGGAUUACGUGUUAUUGUUUUUGAAUAACACGACCGUUGACAUAACCCAACUCUUUCUCGUGAGGUGACGCUGAUCGAUUUUGACACGUUGCAACGUCUCCUUUUAAAAACAUCUAAAUAUAUGAUAUUUUAUAAAUAUGCCUGAACACAUUUGCACCAUCAUACCACCGAUGAAUAAAAUUGAAAAUCUGUGGAAAAACUUUUAUCAAACUAAAGUUUAUGCAAAUUACUACGCGUAGCAGUCUACAGUUAAAGAUCACUCUGCGAUAAGAGCUGAAAUUAGCUGAGGAAGAUGUGUCAAAUAUACAAAAUCAAAUGUGAACAGUAUAGUAAAACGGAUUGGUGCAGAGGCAUCAGUUUCAAGUGUACGUGCAUUGAUAGCGGCAACACUAAACUACCAAACCAAUAGACAGAUGACGGAUCCCUAUCAUCUGAUAUAAUAUCUUUUACAGUAUUCUAUUCCCUCGCAUUUUUGUAUGUAACAAAAUAAAUGAAAGUAAUUUUUUUAUUAAACAGCAUUGUGUUAUUGUCGACGACACCGUC